AUCCAAGGAUAUUUUUCCAUUGAUUUUUUUCAUAUAGAGUGUAGGGGAUUUGCGGGGGAAACAUUGAUAUGGCUCACAUCGAUUAGAUGCCUCCCAUACAACCACAACCAGGCUGGGGAUUAAACCUGCAACCCAGAUUGACGAACUUCACUGAAGAUGUCUAAGCAACAACAAACUCAAUUUAUAAAUCCAGAAACUCCUGGCUAUGUUGGAUUUGCAAAUCUUCCUAAUCAAGUUCACCGAAAAUCAGUGAAAAAAGGUUUUGAGUUCACACUGAUGGUUGUCGGUGAAUCGGGUCUAGGAAAAUCAACUCUCAUAAACAGCCUGUUCCUGACGGAUCUCUACCCAGAAAGAAUCAUACCUGGAGCUGCAGAGAAAAUUGAAAGAACGGUCCAAAUUGAGGCUUCGACUGUUGAGAUUGAAGAGCGAGGGGUCAAGCUUCGCCUGACAGUGGUGGAUACACCCGGCUAUGGUGACGCCAUCAACUGCAGGGACUGCUUCAAGACCAUCAUCUCCUACAUCGACGAGCAGUUCGAGCGCUAUCUGCACGAUGAGAGCGGCCUGAACCGGCGGCACAUCGUGGACAACAGGGUGCACUGCUGCUUCUACUUCAUCUCGCCCUUCGGGCACGGACUUAAGCCCUUGGAUGUCGCCUUCAUGAAGGCGAUACACAACAAGGUCAACAUCGUGCCUGUCAUCGCGAAGGCCGACACGCUCACUCUGAAGGAGCGCGAGCGCUUGAAGAAGAGGAUUCUGGAUGAAAUUGAAGAACAUAACAUCAAAAUCUAUCACUUACCCGAUGCAGAAUCAGAUGAAGAUGAAGAUUUUAAAGAGCAGACCAGGCUUCUCAAGGCCAGUAUCCCAUUCUCUGUGGUUGGAUCCAAUCAGCUGAUUGAAGCCAAAGGCAAGAAGGUCCGAGGCCACCUCUACCGGUGGGGUGUCCUGGAGGUGGAGAACCCAGAGCACAACGACUUUCUGAAGCUGAGGACCAUGCUCAUCACUCACAUGCAGGACCUCCAGGAGGUGACCCAGGAUCUUCACUACGAGAACUUCCGUUCUGAGAGGCUCAAAAGAGGCGGCAGAAAAGUGGAAAAUGAGGACAUGAAUAAAGACCAGAUCUUGCUGGAAAAGGAAGCUGAGCUCCGCCGAAUGCAGGAGAUGAUUGCCAGGAUGCAGGCGCAGAUGCAACUACAGAUGCAGGGUGGAGACGGCGACGGCGCGGUUCACGGGCACCACGUGUGAG